AUGUUACAUGAAAUGGAUAAAUCUAUAGUACUUUUGAAUCAUUACAGUAUAAACUACAACAAAAUAAUAUAUAUAUAUUAUUGGGUAAACUUAUUCCCCAUAUUUAAUGAUAUUAUAGUUAAAUACAAAGAUGAUAAUGGAGGAGCAAUAUGGGGAAAAGAAUGUCCAAAAAUAUUAAAUGAUCCUUUAAUAGAUAAUUCGUUAAAAAACGCACCAAAUAAUAAGGAAAUAUGUAUUCAGGCUAUGCUUUAUCUAGGUGAUAUAGAUACUAUUGAAAAUAAACUUUUAAGAGAAAUUGCCUGUAAAUAUUUUUAUUAUUGGAUAUGCCAUAACAUUCAAAGUAUAAAUAACGUUCAGGAUAUCAAAAAUAAUUAUGAUGGAUUCCUUAAAAUUUUUAGAGAAAAUGUGAAAGAACAGCCUAAAUAUGUAUGUGCAAAUCAAUUUGAAGAUGUUAUAUAUGAAGAUUUGGAAAUACUUAAAUAUAUAAAUCUUAUGUAUAAAAAAUAUGAUAGAAAUAGGUGGACACACUGGAAUUACAGUAAAAAAGAUUUUUAUGAAGCAGCAAUAAAUACUAUAAAUAAAUACAGUGAAAAAAUUGAAACAAGAGAUAUCUUAACUUGUGAAUCUAGAGAGGAUACUAUAACACAAAUAUUAACCCCUUGCAAAAGUAGUAUGUUUUCUCCUAUUAUAAUAACAAUGGUGCUAACGCUAUUAAUAUCUAUUUCAUUAAUGAUUUUUUUUAAGUACACAAAAUAUGGAUCAUGGUUGCAAUAUGUAAUAUUAAGGAGAACAAACGAGAUGAAAUUUAUAAGUGAAGAAAUAAAAAGGAUGAAUGAAACCGAUAGAGAAAGAAGUGUAAAUAGAAAUAUAAGACAUAAUAUAUUAUAUAAUUCUAUCUAA